AUUUCAGUCCCCUCCAGAAUCUCAUGAUGCCUCCUUUGGCUCCAGCUCCAGCAGUUACAGUACACAGACGCGUUCGUGGCCUGUGAGCAUCUUGGGGUGGGAAUGUUAUGAUUUCCACUUCCACACCCUCAGCACCCCUUGCACAGCAAACACUGGGCAGAUGUUUGUGGGAGGAAUCAAUGCUUUUUUGUCUUGUGUGUCAUAGAAGACCGCAGAUUCUACCCACAAGCAUUAAGUACCUAUUUGGAGUGGACACACAUAGACCUUUACUACCACUCACUGUAGUGGACUCCCCGUGUCGAUAAGGAAAUGCUUUCCUAGCUGAGCUGGGUCCUCACCAGCCUCGGUCCUGGCCAGUGCCACCAGUAAGGCCCUGUCUCUAUUCCACACCCGUGGAAAGAGGAUAAAGCUGUGCUUGUCUGCCCUCUGCGUGACGUGUGGAGGCCCAGUUUCGUGGAGACCUCUUCUUCUCACCAUGCCGUCCUCCAGGCCUGAGCAGACUCAGGCUUCCCUGGAAGGAGAUGCACUGAGCUCGGGAUGUGAUGGGAACUCGUGACAUAACAGGGUGAGUGCCCUGCCCCGGGGCCCUGUCCACUUCCGCUUGCUGGCCUUCAGUCUUCCUCAGGAGUGACCUCUCUAGAAGCAUUAACACUGCUGUGUUCCAUGUAUGCUGAAAUAACCUAUUUUGCACGGGCACAUGGACAGUGGAUGACAGAUUCAAGCCUGUAAUGAAGAAAUCCACAGAUGAGGAAGCUGAGGUGUCUGGGCUCUGAACAUGCACCCGAGUGGCCAUGAGGGCUUAUAACUGGCACAACCCAUAACUCUCGUACUCAUGAAAGUUACUGGAAAAGCCCUCGGGAGAGGAAUCCUGUGUGUCAUCACAAGAGCUCCCCAAAACCAGCAGGCCACAGGCCACAGGAUGCACUCACUCUGGACCAGUUCAGUCGCUCACCUAAAAAGCAAACACCGAAACACUCAACACUUUGUGUAACGUUUAAUAUUUUAACAGUGAGCAAACAAGCCUUUUAGUAGGGGGGGGAAAAAAAAAAGCUCUCCUUUCCCUUCCUGGCUCUGUCCCUAGAGGAGCGAAGUGAGCCCUGGAGGGGAAGUUCUCAGCCACUCUUGUGGGGCGGAGGCGGCUUUGCAAGUGGCCCCCACCUGAAUGUUUACCUUAGAGUAGAAGGCGUGGGGCUGGCUCUGCAUAACCUCUUCUGGGGACUCUGUGCCUCAGUGUCGAGUGUUUUGAGGAACAUUUAACUUCCUUUCCUCAUGUACAUUUGCUUUCAUAACCAGAAAGUUGUCCAGAUUUUGUAAUUCUGGGAAUCUCCUUUAAAUUCCUUUCUGCUCAAACAGAACAGAUACAAGUAAGGCGUUCGGUAGGACUUGGGAUGCGGCCUGGCAUGCACAAGGCAGCCGGCCGGGUGCUGGAGGGAGGCCAAUAAAUACCCACGAAGGUAGCAGGGCUCAGGGGAUAGUUUCUCUGUUUGUUUUCCAAGGGUGCAUUGUGGGAGCAAUGCAUACAAUUUUAUAAAGAUUUUACUACUUUUCAUAGACCUGGCUCACAGCUUUCUUGCUGUGUGAACAGGACUGGGUCCUUCCUCCUCCUUUCUUCGUCGGUAAGAGGUGGUGAUCGCAGAAGCAAGGCCUAGGUGAGCGUGUCUAAUGUGAAAGCUCCUUCUAUUUCCACGCAUCAGGAGGGAACAAAGACUCACCCUUGCAGUAUCUGUUUCCCUGCAUCCAUAUUUCUUUGUUAUUGGAUCUGCUCUGUUUUAAGUAACACGCUUGCGAUCUGUUUUGGUCUCUUUCUAACUUGGUGAGAGGUGCUUUUUGGUUAUUUUCCAAAUUAUGCUCUAGCGCCCUCCUUUUGCCCAGAGGUCCUGGUAGAGUCAUGCCAGCAAGUCCUGGGCCCCUCCUGAUGUCCCGUGAGGCGUCCGUCACCACGCUGCACUCAAGAGGCCCGCAGGCCCCACCCCAGAGCCCUGGUCACAGAGCUGCCUCCUCCCAUCCAGUCCUGCUGUAACCCCAGAGGGAGACCACGGCCAGGAGCCUCUCCCAGGACCCAGGACCGUGAGCACCAGGGGCCUAUCUCCACUCCCCCUGCGCCCUCACCGCCGUGUGGACAGGAACCAGUGGUGCCGUGUCCUGGGCGUCGUGGGGUCUUCCUGAGCUCCUUCAGACCACCUCCUUCUGCAGCAGACGGAGCAGAGCUGGUGUCUUUCUCUGGUGGCAGACAGGACGUGGGGACGCAGGAGGAGGGCUUGUGUCUGAGGGGGGUCUCCCGCCCCGGGGCCCCCAGGUGCACCACGGCUGCUGCAUACCCGGCCUUCCGUCGGCCUGAAGAUGGCCGUGCUCAGGCAGCUGGUGCUCCUGCUCUGGAAGAACUACACUGUGCAGAAGCGCAAAGUCCUGGUGACCGUCCUGGAGCUCUUCCUGCCCUUGCUGUUCUCUGGGAUCCUGAUCUGGCUCCGCUUGAAGAUCCAGUCAGAAAACGUGCCCAAUGCCACCAUCUACCCUGGCCAGUCCAUCCGAGAGCUGCCCCUGUUCUUCAGCUUCCCACCUCCGGGCGAUGCCUGGGAGCUCGCCUACAUCCCGUCCCAGAGCAACGCCGUGAAGACCAUCACAGAGAUGGCGCGGAGGACGCUGGUCAUCAACAUGAGAGCUCGCGGCUUUCCCUCGGAGAAGGACUUUGAGGACUACAUCAGGUACGACAACCGCUCCUCAAAUGUGCUGGCCGCCCUGGUGUUCGAGCACACCUUCAACCACAGCGGGGAGCCCCUGCCGCUGGCGGUGAAAUACCACUUACGGUUCAGCUACACACGAAGAAACUACAUGUGGACCCAAACAGGCUCCUUUUUCCUGAAAGAGACGGAGGGAUGGCACACCACUUCGCUCUUCCCACUUUUCCCAAACCCAGGACCAAGGGAGCCCGCGUCCCCCGACGGCGGAGAACCUGGGUACAUCCGGGAAGGCUUCCUGGCUGUGCAGCACGCAGUGGACAGGGCCAUCAUGCAGUACCACGCCAACGCCUCCACACGUCAGCUGUUUGAGAAGCUCACCGUGAUCGCGAAGAGGUUCCCUUACCCCCCUUUUAUUUCGGACCCCUUCCUGGUCGCCAUCCAGUACCAGCUCCCCCUGCUGCUCAUGCUGAGCUUCACCUACACCUCGCUCACCAUCAUCCGGGCCGUCGUGCAGGAGAAGGAGAGGAAGCUGAAGGAGUACAUGCGCAUGAUGGGGCUCAGCAGCUGGCUGCACUGGAGCGCCUGGUUCCUCCUCUUCUUCUUCUUCCUCCUCGUGGCAGUCUCCUGCGUGACCCUGCUGUUCUGUGUCAAGGUGAAGAAGGAUGUGGCUGUGCUCACUCACAGCGACCCCUCACUGGUGCUGGUCUUCCUGCUGUGCUUUGCCACCGCAUCCGUCUCUUUCAGCUUCAUGGUCAGCACCUUCUUCAGCAAAGCCAACAUGGCAGCCGCCAUAGGGGGCUUCCUCUACUUCUUCACCUACAUCCCGUACUUCUUCGUUGCUCCCCGAUACAACUGGAUGACUCUCAGCCAGAAGCUGCUCUCCUGUCUCCUGUCCAAUGUUGCCAUGGCGAUGGGAGCCCAGCUCAUAGGAAAAUUUGAAGCAAAAGGUGUGGGUGUCCAGUGGCGAGACCUCCUGAGUCCUGUCAAUGUGGAUGAUGACUUCUCCUUCGGGCAAGUGCUGGGCAUGCUGCUGCUGGACUCUGUCCUCUACGGCCUGGUGACCUGGUACGUGGAGGCCGUGCUCCCAGGGCAGUUCGGCGUGCCCCAGCCCUGGUACUUCUUCGUCAUGCCCUCGUACUGGUGUGGGCACCCACGGACGGUUUUGGGAAAAGAAGAGGAAGAUGAUGACCCAGAGAAAGCGCUCAGAACGGAGUACUUUGAGGCUGAGCCGGAGGACCUGGUGGCCGGGAUCAAGAUCAAGCAUGUGACCAAGGUGUUCAGAGUGGGGAACAAGGGCAAGGCGGCAGUCAGAGAUUUGAACCUGAACUUGUAUGAGGGGCAGAUCACGGUGCUACUGGGCCACAACGGCGCAGGGAAGACUACCACCCUCUCCAUGCUCACAGGUCUCUUUCCCCCAACGAGCGGACGGGCGUAUAUCAACGGGUAUGAGAUUUCACAAGACAUGGUUCAGAUCCGCAAGAGCCUGGGCCUCUGCCCACAGCACGAUGUGCUGUUUGACAACCUGACCGUUGCAGAACACCUGUAUUUCUAUGCACAGCUGAAGGGCUUGUCCCGUCAGAAGUGCCCUGAAGAAGUCCAGCGGAUGCUGCACGUCCUCGGUCUGGAGGACAAGCAGGACUCCCUGAGCCGGUUCCUGAGUGGGGGCAUGAAGCGCAAGCUCUCCAUCGGCAUCGCCCUCAUAGCGGGCUCCAAGGUGCUGAUGCUGGACGAGCCCACCUCGGGCAUGGACGCCAUCUCCAGGAGGGCCAUCUGGGACCUCCUGCAGCAGCACAAGAGUGACCGCACCGUGCUGCUGACCACGCACUUCAUGGACGAGGCUGACCUGCUGGGGGACCGUGUGGCCAUCAUGGCCAAGGGGGAGCUGCAGUGCUGCGGGUCCUCGCUGUUCCUCAAGCAGAAGUAUGGUGCAGGCUACCACAUGACGCUGGUGAAGGAGCCUCACUGCGACCCUGAGGCCAUCUCCCGGCUGGUGCAGCACCACGUUCCCAGUGCCACGCUGGAGAGCAGAGCUGGCUCAGAGCUGUCCUUCAUCCUCCCCAAGGAGAGCACGCACAGGUUCGAAAGUCUAUUUGCUAAGUUGGAGAAGCAGCAGAAGGAGCUGGGGAUCGCCAGCUUCGGGGCCUCGGUCACCACCAUGGAGGAGGUCUUCCUCCGGGUCGGCAAGCUGGUGGACACAAGCAUGGACAUCCAAGCCAUCCAGCUCCCUGCCCUGCAGUACCAGCACGAGAGGCGGGCAAGUGACUGGGCCGUGGACAGCCACCUGUGCGGGGCCAUGGACCCGACCAACGGCGUGGGCUCCCUGAUCGAGGACGAGUGCACCACCGCCAAGCUCAACACUGGGCUCGCCCUGCACUGCCAGCAGUUCUGGGCCAUGUUCCUGAAGAAGGCCACAUACAGCUUGCGUGAGUGGAAGAUGGUGGUGGCCCAGGUCCUGGUCCCGCUGACAUGCGUCACGCUGGCCCUCCUGGCUGUCAACUACUCCUCAGAGACCUUCGACGACCCCAGGCUGGAGCUGACCCUGGGCGCGUACGGCCGAACUGUUGUGCCCUUCGCCGUUCCAGGGGCCUCCCGGCUGGACCAGCUGCUGGCGGAGCGUCUGAAAGACAUGCUGCAGGCUGAGGGCCAGGAGCCGCGGGAGGUGCUGGGUGAUCUGGAGGAGUUCCUGAUUUUCAGGGCCUCGGUGGAGGGAGGCGGCUUUAACGAGCGGUGCUUGGUGGCGGUGUCCUUCAGAGACGUUGGUGAGCGGACGGUGGUCACUGCCCUGUUCAACAACCAGGCAUACCACUCCCCGGCCACUGCGCUGGCCGUCGUGGACAACCUUCUGUUCAAGCAGCUGUGUGGCCCCCGGGCCUCCAUCAUGGUCUCCAACCAGCCCCAGCCCCGGAGCACCCUGCAGGCUGCCAAGGACCAGUUCAACGAGGGCCGGAAGGGAUUCAACAUCGCUCUCAACUUGCUGUUCGCCAUGGCGUUCCUGGCCAGCACCUUCUCCAUCCUGGCAGUCAGCGAGAGGGCCGUCCAGGCCAAGCAUGUCCAGUUUGUGAGUGGGGUCCAUGUGGCUACUUUCUGGCUCUCCGCGCUGCUGUGGGACCUCAUGUCCUUCCUCGUCCCCAGUCUGCUGCUGCUGGUGGUGUUCAAAGCCUUCGACGUGCACGCCUUCACACGCGACGGCCACAUGGCAGAUGCCCUGUUGCUGCUCAUGCUCUAUGGCUGGGCCAUCAUCCCUCUCAUGUACCUGAUGAACUUCUUCUUCUCGGGAGCAGCUACUGCCUACACGAGGCUGACCAUAUUCAACAUCCUGUCAGGCAUAGCCACCUUCCUCAUGGUCACCAUCAUGCGCAUCCCAGCGGUCAAGUUAGAAGAGCUUUCCAGAACCCUGGACCACGUGUUCCUGGUGCUGCCCAACCACUGUCUGGGGAUGGCGGUCAGCAGCUUCCAUGAGAACUUCGAGAUGCGGAGGUACUGCACCUCCUCGGAGGUCGCGGCCCACUACUGCAGGAAGUACAACAUCCAGUACCAGCAGAACUUCUAUGCGUGGAGCGCCCCGGGGGUCGGCAGGUUCGUGACCUCCAUGGCAGCUUCUGGAUUUGCCUACCUCAGCCUGCUCUUCCUCAUCGAGACCGACACGCUGUGGAGGCUGAAGACCUGCCUCUGUGCCUUCCGGAGGAGGCGGGCGCUGAUGGAAGCGUAUGCUCGGACGUCAGCACCUCCUGAGGACCAGGAUGUGGUGGAUGAAAGGAACCGGGUCCUGGCCCCCAGCAUGGAUUCCCUGCUGGACACACCUCUGGUUAUCAAGGAGCUCUCCAAGGUGUAUGAGCAGACGAUGCCCCUACUUGCCGUGGACAAGAUCUCCCUUGCAGUCCAUAAAGGGGAGUGUUUUGGCUUGCUGGGUUUCAACGGAGCCGGGAAAACCACAACUUUCAAAAUGCUGACGGGGGAGGAGACCAUCACGUCUGGGGAUGCCUUUGUCGGGGGCUACAGCAUCCGCUCUGAAAUUGGGAAGGUGCGGCAGCGGAUUGGCUACUGCCCCCAGUUUGACGCUCUGCUGGACCACAUGACGGGCCGGGAGACGCUGGUCAUGUACGCCCGGCUUCGGGGCAUCCCCGAGCGCCACAUCGGCGCCUGCGUGGAGAACACGCUCCGGGGCCUGCUUCUGGAGCCACACGCCAACAAGCUGGUCAGGACGUACAGCGGUGGCAACAAGCGAAAGCUGAGCACAGGGAUCGCCCUGCUUGGAGAGCCUUCGGUCAUCUUCCUGGAUGAGCCAUCCACUGGCAUGGACCCCGUGGCCCGGCGCCUGCUCUGGGACACUGUGGCACGGGCCCGAGAGUCCGGCAAGGCCAUCAUCAUCACCUCCCACAGCAUGGAGGAAUGCGAGGCCUUGUGCACCCGGCUGGCCAUCAUGGUGCAGGGUCAGUUCAAGUGCCUGGGCAGCCCACAGCACCUCAAGAGCAAGUUUGGCAGUGGCUACUCCCUGCGGGCCAAGGUCCGGAGCGACGGGCAGCAGGGGGCGCUGGAGGAGUUCAAGGCGUUUGUGAACUUGACCUUCCCAGGCAGCGUCCUGGAAGAUGAGCACCAAGGGAUGGUCCAUUACCACCUGCCCAGGGAUGACCUCAGCUGGGCCAAGGUGUUUGGUGUUCUGGAGAAGGCCAAGGAGAAGUACGCCAUGGACGACUACUCCGUGAGCCAGAUCUCACUGGAGCAGGUCUUCCUGAGCUUCGCCCACCUGCAGCCACCUGCCGAGGACGAGGGGCCAUGAGGAGCCCGCAGGCGUGGGGCAAGUGGCCGCACAGGCAGGCGUCCUCCCUCUCCGAGCUCAUCUUAUCCUGCACCUUUAUUUCCAAUCACCGUUUUCUAUAAUGGACGCGAGAAUCAAGGCACAGUGGGGACCAGGAUGUCAGAGCCCUCGCGCUGGGAAUCAGCAUGCGAACAUCCAUGUCCAAGGCAGUGGCCAGAGCCCCUCUCUGGAACUCGGGACCCAGCAAAAGCAGCCCCGCAGCCCGUGCGGGUGAGCCUUGGGGUCUCUGGGCAGAGAGCCCCUCAGGAAGGGGCUGCAGCCGACCUGGGGGUUGCAUUUCCUCAAGUGCUCACGAGACGAGCACCAGUAACACCCCCACGUCUGCACACAGCAUGGAGCCUCCCUGGGGCGACACGGGGAGCCAGCAGGACAGCGGGCAGCAGGGCUCGCCAGGCUGCCUGGAAUGGAGAGAAUGUCGCCUGUGGCCAUCCACGAGGGAGGUGCUGGCUGUGACCACACUCUGUGAUCUUGGCUUCCGGGGGCCUGGGAGUCGCUGCUCCAUGGAGCGUGCUCUCGAUGCCGGGUAGGGCUGACCCCGCGCCUGGCGCCAUCACACAAGCGUCUCCCAGGGUCGGCAGGCUCGGGGAGAGAAGGCAGUCCUUAAUGCCCGAGGCUGGCUUCUGGAGAAGCCACCAGCGGGAGGCCAGUUGGGGACCACUGCGGGACCAAGGGACCGUCUAUGGAGGAUGCACCUGACACGCGGUGACUCUAUCCAGAAAAUAAAGUCCAGGAGGGAACA